CACUCGCGGGUUUGUUUUCAUGUGUUUUUCGCUCGACUAGGUGGUGGUUCGGUUCUUUACAGCUUAGCUCUCUAAUUUUUUUGAAUUUUCCUGUUAAAUUUGCUAUAUUCUUUGAAAAUUGUUAUUGGAAAUAUCGUGCAAGUUGAACAGGUACCGAAAUAGAGUUAAUUAUUGUGAAGAACAAUCGUUUGUGGAGGAAAAUAGUUGAGCCAUUAGGUGCGGUAUGAAACCAUCCAUUGAAAGUGCGUAACAAGUUCUAAGUGCUCUACAUAAAUCGAAAAGACAAGGUUGGCGGAAGAUUUCCUCUGAACAAGAAAAAAGUGAUUGAAUUUUGUGAAUAAUGCCAACAUAAGUGCAUAAUCUUCCGUAAAAGGAUUCUUGUUUUGCUUCUUUUUCAAAAAGCGCGGGUUCUUCCUUGGGAUUCUUGCACCCAAAACCGGAUCGGAUUUCCUAUUGGACUUGGAAAUAGCCGAGGACUCACCACUACUGCCGCACACCUCAGAACUCGGGCGUUGUUCUGCGGGCCCGUCGAUUCCCCACCAUGACGGCGAACAGUGGGAUCAAACUUCCGGGCUACGACCAGUACGAGAAGCUCCGGAAGGCCCUCCAGUCCGGAGGGCGAUCGCAGAUUGAAAAGAUUCUGGAAUCGCUGGUAAAAGCCUGCCAGACAAAACGGGACUAUGUGGGCGAGAAGCAAAAGCUGGACGACGAUCAGAUGAACUUCUGGUUCAACGAUGUGCUUCGGCUGCUGUUCGAUUGGGAGAACCCCGUGACGAGGGAGCUGGCCUUGAGGGCGUCGGAAGCAAUCUUGCCUCAUUUGGAACAGACGCUCUACUUGGACUCGCCAGCGUGGCCAGCUCUGAAGACACAGAUCAGUAACGUAUACUCCAAUCUUUUGGAGCAGGCACGGGGUCGAAACGAUCCGGAAUGGCACCGGAAGUGGUCGGUGCUGGUGCGGAUACUGGACAAGGAAAUCUGCCAGGGGGCUGUGAUCAUCAACGUGUUCUUGGCCAUCGUUGAAAGCGGAUUCCGUUCGGCGGAACUUCUCGUACGCGAACAGUCCUUUGAUUGCUGGCAACUGCUGGUGGAGAUUUUCGCCAAAUACAAUCAAAUCCACAUCCAGAAGCGGAUAAAGCUGAUAUGCAUUCCGCUGAAAAGCUCCAAGUCCAAGACUGAGGUGAUUGCCAAGAAGAAGUUCGAAAUCUGGUGGUUCCUGAUCAACAAGCUGCAGCCCCAGUUGGAUGCUUUCGCGGACAAUGUGUUCGAACCGUUCAUCUACUUUUGCUUUGGGCCGUCCUUUAAGACGCCCCUGUGCUACUACUUCGACAACAGCUACCAGGAGUUUGGCGCUCCGGGAAAGAUAUACAAUUCCAUAAAACAGUUGUCGGCAGCGGCUUUGAUUCACAUGCUGGGUCCCGCCGGGAGAGUUACAGACACCUUGAUUCAGGAUGUCUGCGAAAGCAAUAGUGGCAAAAAUGGUGCCAUCAGUUUCACGGCUGGACUCAACGGCGAAAAGACUAUCAUUUCGCCGAAGUUGUUCUCGCUGAAAGCGAAACUCAUCAUCAACUCGUGCACCGAAUGUACGGUGCUGUUCUCCCAGAUGAAGGAUAAGGAUUACAUGGAGCUGAACCGGUGUCUGUGGAAGAACCUGCUGGCGAGGGUCGAGCAGGAACAGGCCAUCAGCCGGGUGGAGAUGUUCAGUUGGAUUAGGGAGAAUCUGAAUGCGUUGAUCAGUUUGAGCACCAAACUGCAGGACGAAGCCAUAAAAGAACUGAUUUACGACAUCGUUCAGAUGGUGGCUGAAACGAACCUCCUUUCGGUAACAAUCGGCCAGGACAGUCCCGAGCAGCUGACCAUCAACUAUCGUAACUUUAUGACGCUGAUGUUCAAUCCGGCGUUGGACUUUCCCGCAGGCACUUCGUUCACGAUUCUUUCGCACGCGUUCGAUCUUCGACGCUACUCCUCCCAACGCGGUGGCUACUGGGAUAUGCUCCAGAAAACGGUCCAAUAUCUGACCACUCUGGAACCAUCGCUGUUGCAAAAUGGUGACCCGAAAUCGGCCGCCAAUCGUCGGAUGGUAACGCAAAUUUACCGCUCGAUGGCACUUCACCUAACGGAGCAGAUCGAUUCCCAUCGGGAGCAGUUCGAGCAUUCGCAGUCGAUUGUGUUCGGGUUCCUGCUGUUCCCACUCGAGUACGAUCGCUUCCUGGAGGUGGGCGAUGUCCGCGAUGUCUGGGAGGAUGUUUUCAACGGGAUGGUAACUGGUCAGAAGUCCACUCGAUAUGCUUGCGGACUGAGUGAAGUUAUCAAAGCGAUGACCGUUGCGAAGUACAACUGUAAUCUUGGAGUGAUUCUGAGGUUCUUCCGGGUGGUGCUGGAAUCAGUUCCAGGGGAUUUCGACCUAGGGCAGCCACCGGUGAAGACGCUGGAAUUGUUCAAGGAUUUGGUUCGGAAGGCGUUGGUGUUUCAGAAUAGUUUAGCUGAAGUGGACACUGGGGUGGCUUCGUUCCGGAAGCUGAUUGAGAGGCUGACGAACAAGGCACUGUUUGCAGUAAUAAUGCCGAUUCGGAACAUCAUAAAUGAGUUGAUCGACGGUGAUAACGAUACAUUGAAGGAGGAAGUGACGCGUACCAUGAAGACGUUGAUCGAUCGAUUCGUGAUGGGGCGCUUUAUCGCAGAACUGAAGUCACAACCGAAAGAAGUAAAGUGGAACUGUAAGAUGUUGAUCGAUCAGUUGAUGAAGCAACAGUGGAAGGUGGGAGAGUUGAAGAAUCUGGUGAAUAUCUGCGAGGGGAAAGAUCCAAACAAGUUGCCGAAGCCAGUCAAAAAGGAAGGGGAAUUCGUUGUUAUCGAAAAAGUGUGGAAGUUUACGCCAGAUAAGCUGACGGAACAUCAACGAGAGCGCCUGAGCAAGAAGCGAGACGACAUUCCUGCGCUCUACAAUGAUCUGAGCCAGUCACAAGAUAACUAUGUGAUAAAGCCAUGGACACCAAAUAAAAUAGUGAUUCCGUCGGACCAAGGCCAGGAUCACGACACGAUUGUCAUGUGCGCCAGUGCAGAUUCUGGUUCAAUCCCAAACGGUGAAGUGCCAGAAGCUUCGGUUCCCAAAGAACAAGGAGCAGGGGUCGCUACUGAAAACAAGCUGGACAAAGAGAACAACAAUGGCAAUGUUCUGGAUUCGACCGAAAAAGAUGAGUCUGCUAGUUCCUCAUCGGUAGCAUCCAAAAAGCCAGCUGAGAAGAGAUCACGAGUCAUUAGGGAGUUGGACCAGUUAAAAAUAGACACCGUUGAAGGGAAAAAUCUUCAGGUGGGAAGACUACCACGGACUAGACGAGCCGGAAGCCUUGAGCCCGUGGCUGCGCCAAAUGGUCGAAGGAAGAGCUUGGAACCGAAGAAACUGGCCGAGAAAAACAAGAGAACCGAUUCGGAGAACAGGCGAACACGACGAAGUGCCGCCACUAAAUCGACUCAAAAGAAAGAGACCAAGGAAGAAUCCCUUCUUUCUCCAGCACGGAAGAAGUCCGAGGAUAAAUCCAAAUCUGCCGAUCGAUCUUCUCCAAGAAAAGCUUUGAACUUCGACAACGUCAUCGACAAGCAGCCGGCCACCGCCACAGAAGCGCCUGCAUCUCCCGUCAAAGCUAAGAAUGCGAACGAUUCGGUUGAUGAAAUCGUAGAAUCCUCCCAGGCAGGUUCCCAGUCUCUUCUCUCCCGUAAGUUCACACCUCGUAAGCCAAAGGAAGAUGAGAAACAGGAGUCUCCCAAAAUCGGCACCGAGACGCUUCCAUUCGACACUGAAGCGGAGAAAGAACUGGCCAAACUUUCCGGACGAAAAUCGCCGAUGAAGGCCAAGAACGAAAGCCCGUUGAAGUCACCCGGCAAGAUCACCAGGGCAACAAUGGCCGCUGGCCAACAGCAACAAAAUCCGGCCGAUGUGGAAACGGAGCCUAAUACCGAAAGUCCUUUGAAGUCACCUGCUAAGGUAACUAGGGCGGCGGUAGCUGCUCAGCAGCAACAGAUUAUUCCCGAUGUAGAAACAGAGCCAAACACUGAACCACCGGUUGCAAAUUCGGAAUCGACAGCACCCUCUGAAACACCAGCAGUGACUCAAAUCGAGCUCCGAUCUAGGGUUGCAUCUCCUGUAAAGUCUCCUGCAUCGGCCAAAGGCGUCGCUUCUCCAGCCAAAGCCGUACAAUCUCCGGCAAAACGUGUUGCAUCACCGGCGAAACGUAUCGCUUCCCCGGCCAAAUCUCCUGCGAAAAGCCCCAAAAAAGGAAAACGAUCGAUCAGCCCUGCUCCGGAACCAAUGGAAACGGAAUCUGCUCCAGAGUCUCCCAAAAAGUCCGAGAAUCCAUCAGAAGAUCCAAAUCAAUCUCCAAACCUCUCACCGGUCCGCAAUUUGGAUGAAGACAUGGAGCCCCUCACUAAGAGCCUCAAUCGUAGUUUGGUGUCUUCACCGGACGGAGCGGACCAGGAAGCACGGGAAGCUGAUCUGCUUAAUAGCACUCUGAACAUUUCGCCAAUAUCGGAGGAAAAGGCACAUCCUUCAACGCCUUCAAUUCCGAUGGCUCCAAAGAUUUCCCCUGCUUCCGGGAGUGGUGAGAAGCGCACUUCCAGCCGCAUUAUGGAACGUGAAAAGGGUCCAAUGGUGUCACCCAUUACCCGUAGAACUCGCAAUUCGCCACCUGUCCUACCGGCAGCCGUUGCUAAUCUAAGGAAUCGUACACCACAAUCAACCCCCAGAAGCCCCAAGACCGGCAUGAUAGAGCUUCGCGGACGUGGCGCACAGCUAAUCAACCUCAUCCGCAGUCAACAAAACGAAAUGUCCCCGAAGCCUGCCGCCCUUCCGCCACCACAGCAGUCGUCAACUCCCAAACCAGUUUCCAAUAUGCCCAGUGAUCGAAGUCUGAUGCUUCGGAAACUUGCUACCGCAGCUACAGCUACUAAUGCCACAACCACAGCCCCCGCAGUGCAAUCCCCAGAAUUAUCAAAGCCCCUUCCGCCCGUAGAAAAGGAAAAAGAGAAGGACAACGACUACUUGGUCUUCUCCAAAGUCCUGCCAUCUCCGCAAGCUUCCCCAGCGGCCAGUAUCCUCAAACGGAAACACAACCAGGACGACAGCGGCGACGAUCUCGAGUCUCCGGCCAACAAACGGAAACGGGUCAGCUUUCAUGAUCCACCGGUUUCCCUUACGAAGCAAUACAUCCGACAGGAGGAAGAAUGCCGCUCACCCUCCAUUAGUCGCUGCAUCCUAAUGGCCGGUAUGUCUCCAACUGACAAAGCCAAAUUCUUACUCCGUCGGAAGAGCAAGGCGGAUAGCAUGUCCGAAUUGGCCAAGUUCACCCGAGGAUCCUCCACGAAUCCUGACGAACCGGGCAAGGAUGAAGACGAUGAAAUUUCCUCUUCUCCUGAUUCGCUGGACGGAGAAUUCAUGCUGAACACCACUGAUAACAUGAGCACUCUGCAAGUAACAACCGGUGUCGAUGACGUUGAGAUGAAGGAAGAUCCCAAGCUUCCUGAAGCUCCCAUUGAGGCGGAACCCUUACCUGAAGAACCUGUUCCCGAAGCCGACGAACCUGUUGAACUCCCCAAACGAACCUCUCCACGGAAGAUCUCCCCCAAACCCGCUUCAGAAGAUCCCGCGCCGCCCAGCAAAUCUUCACCCACUAUCACUUCCGUCCCCAUCCCCCCCACAACCCCCGUCCCGGAGAAACCGGACACCAGCAUCCGCUUCCAAACGGAAGAAGAAAUCCUCGCACAUGUGAUCUCAAAGUACUCGCUGGACGCAAUCCUAGAGCGAUGCUUAAGCGCCGGUAAAAUACUCGAACAGCAAAAAUCCGCCCGGCUACUUACCCGGGAACUGUCCACCCUGAUGUCCAAGAACAGCAAAAUGCGCCACACCGUUCUGGACGAACUGUCCGAGCGGCACUCGGCCGAAUUCCUCGACCAUGCCGUACAGGAGAACUCCUCCGCCAUGGUUUGCGAGCGGUUAUCGAUGACCACGAUGACGGAGUUCAUCUUCGAACGGUUACGGAAGAUGCCCCCCGAAGGUGGCAGCCAGGAGGAUCAAGACGAGCGCCUCAAAAUCCUGCAGAUCAUGUUCGACAACCUGGCCCAGAUGCACACGAGCGUCGGUGGCGUGGAGUUUGGCCGGAUGAAGGACCGAUUCGUGAAGGCUGCGGUGUUUGCCAAGAGCCGAAAUGAAGUGAUGGCCCUGCUGGAGGAAUACUUCAGGCAGAGCAGCAUGGGAUUGGCGGCGGCCAUUACGUGACGAGCUAGCUAGGAUUUUACUUCUAUACGGUAAGACAGAUUUUACAUAGUAGUGGCGUAAUAUUUUAAGGUGUAUUUUUACAAUAAAGAGAAAGAUUGAUCCUUCUGUUCAAGAGUGUAACAUUCUUAACGACUUAGAAAUGUACUAUUUUCAUCACCGUUUUAUGAUCCAGAUAUAUAUAUUUAGAUAAAAUAUAGCAGUGUAGCUGUGGACACGUAGUUCAAUCAGACCAAUGUUUUAGCAAACAAAAGAAAAUCUUAUCAAAGACGCAACGUGACUUGCCUUUUGGAAACAAAAUUAAUACUUAAGAUAUUCUCAAUACACCCGAUUCUGUUUUUGCACGGGGGAUGCGUACCGUGCAAAAAAAGUUUUCAGUUCAAAAUUUCAAAAACCGUGCAAAAAAAGUAACACCAUUUCUCGACGUUUCAUGCAAAAAUAAGGUUUUGGUGAAAAAAAAUGUAUGGAAACUUUUUUUGCACGGCCGUGUAAAAAAAAUCCGUGCAAAAACAGAAUCGGGUGUAAUUGGAACGAAAGGUACAAAAACAGCUGAUGAAUGGAAACAAAACUUACGAUUAGUUGUCCACACUAGGUGUAAGUUCUAGUGUGUAAGUGAUGAAAUUCAAAUAAUAAGCAUUCUUAUUGCAAGCAA